AUGUCUGUUCGUUUCCAAGGAAUACCAGCCUACGCAUUAUUCGUUGACUUUCAACGUGCCUUUGACAGUGUCCCACAUGACAAGCUCUGGAACAAACUUAUACAUCUGGGAUUGAGUACAAAAAUCACCAACAUUUUGAAAAAGCUUUACGCCUCUGCGGAAAUGCAAGUCAGACAUGAAAACUUGCUAUCUGAGCCUAUCCGUAUCACGUUGGGGGUCCUCCAAGGGGAGAUCCUGAGCGCGUUGCUGUUUAUCCUCUACAUCUCGGACCUGGUCCCUCACCUCCAAAGCAAAAACAUAGAAGGACUUAAUCUUGGUGGAUCCGAUCAUUUAUUGGCCCUGAAGUACGCAGACGACCUGGUCCUGCUAUCGCGCACGGCUGUCCAUCUAAAAAAUCAGCUCAAAGCACUGGAGUCUUACUGUGACUCCAACGAACUCACCGUCAAUAUAUCCAAAACUAAAAUCCUUAGAACUAGCUCCAGUGGACGCGCUGGCAAAAGAAACGAAACUUUCUUUUACAAGGGCAGUACCAUUGACCUGGUAUCCAGCUAUACAUACCUAGGUGUCACUUUUAACACCUCACUCCAAGGCGACGCUGCCACCUGCAUGGCCAUUAAUAAAAACAGAAUAGCCUCUGGAACAGUCUCAAGCAUCCUGACAAAACUUAAAGCCGAAUCAUGGCUGGGUAAGGUUCAGACUUACAACUGUAUGUGCAGGAGCAUGCUCCUGUACCUCGCCCAUCUAUGGUGUUUAAAGCCUAACAAUCUGGAACGUCUCGAAUCCGCGCACCUGGAAUUCUAUAAGAAAAUACUUUCGCUCCCCGUCUGCACACCGAACUAUGCGCUUAGGAUUGAGCUAAACUUGCAACACACCUCGAUACUAGUCCUCAAGCAGGCUCUCACUUGGGUCAUCAGGAUUUUAGAGAUGGACGAGUCGAGACUCCCAAAAAAAUGCUUUCUUCGUCUAAACGCCCUCAGGUAUACUUUCAACAACAGCAAACAUAAUUGGGUCCAACAACUUGCCGUCCUCCUUAACCUAGUUCAAGAAGCUGACCUUUUAAAUAAGCUAGAUCCAACAAUCUGGAAGUCAAGAAAACAAGACAUCUUAAAGAAAUACUCCAACCAUCUCAAGAAGCUAGAUGCAGAUAGAUACGCUAAUUCCUCUUCCUGCCAGUUUAUCCUCCCCAACCCAAUAUACAAUCUAUCUCAAGUACUCAACAACCCCCAACGCCUAAUCAAACCUAUAAUCCAAAUCAGACUCUCCAACUUCUACUCCAGCUUCAUCUCAAUAGACAGAGAAACACUCACUCUGACCCCACAAAAACACUGCCAACUUUGCCAUCUCCAGGAAAAUGAAGACAUUAUCCAUUUCCUAACUCGCUGUCCAUUUUACCAAAAUGUCAGGACACUCUUCUGGGGAGAGAACACUCCCCAGGAAAUCAUGGAAGCCGUACUGGGAAUUCAUCGUCAACCCAAUUUGAAAAAAAUUUUAAAUUAUCUGAAAUCCUGUUUUAACACAAAGAAUAAUUAUAGUUUUUAG